AUGGCAGCGACUCAGUGCAACAACCGCAAGCUCCUGCAAUGGGGGCUUGUCCUGAUGCUCCUCUCUGUUCUCAGCGUGUCAGUGGGGAUCUUCAAAGGUGCAUCUUGGGCGAUAGGAGUGUCUGCAGCAAUGUCGGUGCUGUUAUUCAUGCUGCUAUUUGUCAUCGUGUUCACGAAGACGGCAGAUAGCGCUGGCACUGGUUCUCCCGGCGUCACCGUGGCACAGAAGGAGUUCCACUGCGUUUGGGCAGCUUGCAAGUUCCGAGAACUGCAGGCAUGUGUUGCCCGCCCAAUCUUUAGCAUUGUCUGCGUUACCAGCGAUCAGAGCAACAGGUGCUUGGUUGUAUGUCGCCAGCUGGAUACAGUUGACCGCCAGCCGCCAGCUAAAAUCUCUUGCCAACGUGCCUGCGCCUGUUGCCUGGAUGAUUAUCACUUGAACACAGAUGUUGCUCUUCUCCCGUGCGGCCACGCCUACCACCAGGAGUGCAUCGCUCGCUGGUGCUUCUCGUCGGUGAAGCAAGUAUCGUGCCCCACGUGCCGGAAGCCUUUCGAACACACGGCAUCGACGAUGACUUCGCUCUGA